AGUACUUCCUCACUUUAAACAAUAUAUAUAGAACCAUAUCCAAAUUCUUGCGUAGAGUUUAAUUUUCUUCUAAACUGUAACUAUGAAUGCGAUCUUUUUUGAAUUCGUAUUUGUAUUCACCUUUCAACUCACAACGUCUUUUAUUGCGCAAAGAAGCAGAAAUACUGAUGGUUGUGGCGAAGCAGGGAUCUGGACAGUGUACAAUAGCCAGUGUUACCAAUGUAUAAAUGAUACUGUUUCAUGGCAAACAGCAAGAUCAUCGUGUCAGCAGUUAGGGGCAGAUCUUGUAACCAUUAAAAAUGCAGGGACACAGAACUUUACAGAGAAUCUUUGCGUCGAUGCACGCCAUUGGAUUGGGCUGAACGAUAUAUCAGAAGAAGGCAACUUUUUCUGGGUUGCAACGUCAAUGCAAGCUACUUAUCUGAAUUGGAACCCCGGUGAGCCGAAUGGGUUAGCGAACGAAAAUUGUGUUCACCUAUUUGCAAGCAUACAUACUUGGAAUGAUUUAGAUUGCACAGCAAAUCUUUCUUACAUUUGUCAGAAAGAUCAAGACUUUGACGAGUGUGUAAGCUCUCCAUGUGUACACGGUACUUGUACAGAUCAGCUUCACUCCUACACAUGUCAUUGUCAGCCAGGGUAUACCGGAACAAACUGUGAAACAGACGUGGAUGAAUGUCAAAGUUCACCGUGUAUCCAUGGCAACUGCAGUGACCUUAUAAAUGAGUAUAGAUGUCAAUGUUUACCUGGAUAUGAUGGACUUCAAUGUCAGAUAGACGUUGAUGAAUGCCAGAGUUCACCGUGUAUCCAUUGUAACUGUAGUGACCUUGUAAAUGAGUAUAGCUGUCAGUGUUUUCCUGGAUAUGAAGGACUUCAAUGUCAAAAAGAUAUUAAUGAAUGUGAGAGCUCACCUUGCGUAUAUGGCAACUGUAUUGACAACAUCAACUACUUUGUUUGUGAGUGUGCAUUUGGAUAUAAAGGGAGAUAUUGUGACCAAUUUAACACCCUUCUGCUGUUCAUCUUGUUUACCUUUCUUCCAAUCAUUAUGCUGGUUCUCACCUGGUAUCUUAGUAAAAGGAUAAACCAUAACAAAGUAGAGGAUGACUUAGACAUUUUUGUGUUUCCAGACGUUUUACGUGAAGAAUCAAAGCCAAAAUUGUUCUUACAUAUUUUAAGGAAUAAAAAAUAGAUAAAAACUUUAAA